GAGUUUACUUUUUGCAUCUAAUUCUCCUGCGAUUGAUCCAUUAUCGCCACUGUUAGACAGACUUCUGUGGAUAAUAUAAUCGAAGAGCCAACCAAGCGCAGCAUCCGGUGGUCCAGUCCGGUUCUAGGGUUAAUACCACUGUGGAAUGUAGAGGAACCGGACUACAGAAGAGCGCCUGGAGCAGUCCAGGUUAUUAUCUCCGCGGGGUUAAUCACAUCGCAGUGCUAAAAGAGAAAGGAGAUCAUCUCUCCCCUCUCUCCCUUGAUAUUCUGUGCGACAUAGUGGCGACCCGCUGAAGAUUGUCACUCGGGGCUGCAACGACGCGCCCUUUCUCUUCUCUUCAUUCUCGGCUGCAUCGCCUCGGACAUCAUUACAUCAUGACAGAUACUGCUCCAUCGAAGGCAUCGUAAUGCCGAGGGAAUCUUGUCCUGGGUUGCUAUUGACCCUGGUGUCGAUAUUCGUCGGUCUGUGCGAGUCCUUCGCCGCCGGCGGCGCGACAUCCGGCGCCCAGCAGCCGCAGCCGCAGCAUCCGGUCUGCAAGCCCGGCCUGGAGUUCUGGUCGACCGAACACACCUCCUGCUGGCCGUGCACCCGAUGUGCCCCCGAUUUCACCCUCAGCCCGUGCACAGUGCAUAAAGAUGCGAUCUGCGGCUCGCUCGAGCUCGACUACACCUCCGCGACGCCCAAGUGGCCGUCGGAGGCCGGCGAGGAGGCCUUCAUCGCCAAGUUCUGGCGACUCCUCGAGACGAGAGAACGGGUUUCCUCGAUGGAAGCCGGUAAUCUUGACCAAGAUCGAGAUGACGAUGAAGGCUCGGGCGACGAGAAGCCGGUCUACUCCGCCUCGCGAGACUCCAAGACGGCACACGAUCCUCGGGAGAGGAGAAAAUCGGCUACCGAGGCCGAUCAAUUACCGUGGGAUUGGCAGACCGGCGCCUUGGUCCUCGCGGUUUGCGCCUGCAUAAUGUUCUUCCUAGUAGCGGGAUGCUCGGCUCUCGUCUAUGCGAGGCAAUGGCGGCGAAUGAAGAAAAAUUUUGAGCCAGCGGGUCUCGAAGAGAUCUCAGCCAGAUUGAACCUGAUGGUGAAGGCAGAGCUGGCCGAGUUGGUUGCAGGGGCGCCGAUGAAUCCAGGUGAUCCCGAAACCAGAUGUCAAUAUCUCGAGAAACUUUUAGACCGGAAACGAGAGACUCCGGUGGUGGCGACGACAGCGGUGGCGACUGGCUGGCCGGAGGCGGCGACCGGCAACUUGUACAUUGAGGAGGGGAGCACGAUGACGCCAACGAGGAGUAAGCGAUCGCGGAUCGCGCGGAUUCAGCGCAACAUCGAAACCAUUCUCAGUCACAAGACGAAUCAGGGCACCGAUUGACACAAUCGUCUAUUCAACCGGACUGAGAUUUGAGACUCUUUAGACUCGCUUGUGUGUACGUUGCGCUACGUUCUAUUAGCGCGAUUAUUAUAAUUAAAUUCGCAUUAAAUGAGUAAACCGUACAAGUUGAAAUUGACAACGGCAUGCGUAGAUUCCGUAAAUUCUCGAUGUAAGGGAAGGAUUAAUAUUUUUUAUACAUCUGUAGCGCUUUUGCUUAUAAAUAUAAACUCAUAAAAAUAUAUUUCAGAUGUUUCCAUAUUGAGAUAAAAUCGCAAAAAAAUUAGAAAAUGUGUAUUUAAUAUAAUUUCUAUGAAGGAAUAUAUAUAAUUUGUAGUUUAAAAGUAGUAGAAAAAGAAUUGUCAAAAUUAGAAAUAAUUUCGUCGAAUGAGAUUUUGUCGCUCGUACACUUUAUUCGCCAACGAUAUUAAUACGAAGGAACGAGAGCAAUAGAAUUUGAACUGUACUGAAUUUUACUGAAUAUUUUAUAAGAUAUUGUUAAGUGCAAUGUAACGUAAUUUAUUGUUACAAUCAGGCAACCGAAUACUCAUAUUUUGAACCGGUUGCACCAACGUUUAAAAUUUAGUUAAUUCGUGGUUAACUAAAUUUUUCAUUUCUAUAUAUGUAUGUCAUAGCUGGUAAUUAAAAUUGAAAGUAAAAGUAUCAUUGAUUAACAAUCGUUGAUUAUAAUUACAAAUAAUCAAUAUCGAUUAAUUAAUUUUCUAAAUAUAUUAUCUAUUCUUAGUUUAAAAAAAAAAAUCUUUAUCAAGAUCAUUCUUCGUCGUAACGGAUAUAUCGAAUUCAUUAAGAUAUUUUUAUUUAAUUCAAAUGCGAUUGAUUCAUUAUAAUUUAAUUUUUCGGAAAUAAAUUUUUUCUGCUCUAAAUUUAAUUAAUUCGUAAUUUAUAAUAUAUAUAUUGUUAAUGGUGCUGUAUACAAUCUGGACGUGCUUACAUUAUCCGGAGAAUGAUGAAUUAAGGAAGUCAGCAAUGAAAUAAUUAGUUAUCUAUCUCUCUACAUAUGUUAUAUAAUAUAGGUAUAUCGUUGGUGCAAGAAGCCGGAAUUUUCCUUUGUACAAGAUAGUGCGACAAUUUGACGAAUAAAAACGGAAUUUGUUCGCUGUUGCGUUCUAUUAGGUUCGAAACUUUUUUCAUUUUUUUUUUCUCUCUCUCCUUCGUUUUUUCUGUUUCUGGCAAAUUAUUGCAAAAAGACGUCGCGACCUCCUAUCGUAUCCUGAAACUCGAGCGUAAUUCGAGUUACAAGCGAUACGUAUCCGGAGGACUCUAUUUAUUUUUUUAUCUUUUACUCUUUCUCUAAUAGCUUUAACACGACAAAUAUUGUAAUAUAAAGAGCUUCUGUAUCCAUACACACAUGAUAACAGCAAUAAAAUAAAACUUUCAUUAAAUAAUACAUUAAAAAAUACAUUCAACGGGAAGAAUCUCUUUCGUCUCGUAGAAACAAUUGAUUUCUCUCUUUUGAA